AUGGAGACGGACUCGAUUGGUCGGUCGAGCUCCCUUAGUGCCCCCAGAUCGACCCCUCUUCGAAAACGGAUCUUCCAACAGUUCCGUCGACGGAAAUCCUCGAUGCCUCAGAUGAAUAGAGGCAAAAAGAUGAGAUUUUCGGGAGAGGAGAGUGACGACGAGAGAGAGGACUCCAUAAAGUCCUCAGCAUCCAUUUCUGGGUCGGCCAAUGUCAGCACAAGAUCUACACCAGGACUGAUUCGACGGAAAAUCAGCCAUUUUGGAGGUAGGAGCAUCAAAAUUUACAUCAAUUAUAUCACAUUUGAUAUCAGAUUGA